UAUUUAUUUAUAAAUUUUAUUUCGAUUUCACGCGGAAGAAAAAAAAAAAGAAACUUUAUUUGAUUUGAGCAAUCAGAUCUCGUCGUCGAAUCGAAUCGAAUCAUUGCAAACUUCAAAUCGGAAAGCUAACCGUCUCGGAGACCACUGUGAAUGGCAUGGAACUGAUCUCAUCAUCAACAAUCACAAACUCAGCUCUCUGCUUAACCCUAAUCUCCACCCUCACCUUCUUCCUCCUCCUCCUCCACACUCCCACUCACCAUCAUCAUCACCGCUCUCUCCUCGCCGCGAAUCACACCUCCUCCUGCCUCUCCUCCCGAUCCCACGACAAUGACUACCUCUCCCUCCACUUCUGCGUCUUCAACGAAAACCUCCUCCUCACGAUCCCCUCCCUCUCCCUCCUCGUCCUCCUCCACUUCCACAUCCUCAUCACCACCGCCCAGUCCCACUUCUCCCUCGUCACCACCAAGCUCGCCGAUCGCCUCUCCCUCUCCCCCAGCAUGGCCGCCGUCACUCUCCUCGCCCUAGGCAACGGCGCCCCCGACGUCUUCGCCUCCGCCGCCGCCCUCCGCGGCGGCCAGUACCGGACGGGGUUCGGAGCCAUCCUCUCCGCGGGGACCUUCGUCUCGGCUUUCGUCGUCGGGUUCGUCGCGAUCCACGCCGCGCCGUUCAGCGUCGACGCGGCGUCGUUCGUGAGGGAUGUGAUGUUUUAUCUGGUGGGCGCUUCGUUCCUGUUCUAUGUGUAUCUGAGUGGGGAGAUAUUCGUGUGGCAGGCCGUUGGGUUUGUUGGGUUUUAUGUUUUCUUCGUGGGCUUUGUGUUUUGGAUGGAUUUUGGGACUAGUGUUGUUGAGAAAGGGAAGGUGGUUGUUAGUGAGGAAGAGAAAGACUUUUUGAGAGUUGAGAUUGGUGGUGGUGGUGGUGGUUCUCUUGAGAGCUUUAAAGCUGAGAAAGAACAUCGGUUUUCCGGAGUUUUGAGGCUUUAUGGAAGGAUAUCAAGGAUGUGGGAGACUCCUGUAUCAGUUCUUUUGUUGCUCACGAUACCAAAAACUUCUCCUUCUGAAUGGUCCAGGUUUUACCGUUCUGCCAACAUUAUCUUCUGCCCUCUUACCCUUUUGUACGCUUGCAACUCAUUUGUACCCCUAAACCAUCCAAUCUCAUUCCUCUUUCCAAACACCCAUCUCCCACUUUGGACUGUCGUUCUCUUCAUGACCUCUUCCCUCGCUUUCCUUCACUUCACCAUCGAAAAACAACCCCCCAAAACCGAGCAAAUGCCUGUCAUCGUUGUAGCUUUCGUGAUGAGCGUUUUCUGGAUAUCGACAAUCGCUGGUGAGCUCCUCAACUGCCUGGCUGCGCUUGGAACCCUCCUUGAACUGCCCCCGGCGCUCCUUGGUCUAACCGUUCUUGCGUGGGGAAACUCUGUCGGCGACCUUGUUGCCGACGUUGCAGUGGCAAAGGCGGGUCGACCAGCAAUGGCCAUGGCCGGUUGCUUUGCGGGUCCGAUGUUUAAUAUGCUUGUUGGACUUGGGACAGCCUUGGUGAUGCAAACAGCUAAUGUGUAUCCAAAAGCUUACGAACUUGGAUUCCACGUUGGUAUUGUGAUCGCUUUCGUCUUCUUGUUGCUUAGUCUAAUGGGAUCACUGCUGGUUAUAACCUGGUCUAGAUUCCGAGUUCCGAGGUUCUGGGGGAUCUGUCUUGUAGGACUCUAUGUAGUCUUCACGUUUGUUAGUUUGAUCAUCGCCACAUUUUCAACCUGAUCAUAUACUCAAAUCUUGGAUCAACGAAAGAUUUCACUGUUGUUGUUGUUGUUGUGAUCAUUUGUGAGGCAGAUUAGGAAAGUUUGAUAGAUAGGUUAAAUACAUGUGAAGAGCAAAGAAUAUGCAUAUGAUUUUUUGGGAGAAGAUUGUAUUCCUAUUUUCAGAAAGUUAAUAACAAACAAAUAUUCAUAGUU